AAUCAGAGACUUGCUGGAAAAGGAACCUCACUGGGGAAAGAGUCAAGUCAGCGUUUGGGAGAGGGAGGAGCCGGGAGAGGAGGAGCUGGGAGAGGGCAUAAAGAAGAGCAGGGGCCGCGUCCCAUUGAAGGAAGCUUGGCUCCAGGACGGCACAGCCAUGGUGCCUUGGCUCUGGGCUCUGCUGAUGGCAGCUGGGGCAGGCGCCUUGGAACCCGGCUUCCAAGCUUGCAAGAGGUCCCUGAACGUAAGCGUGCUGGAGGUGCUGCCAGGCGGGGGCUGGGACAACCUGCGCAAUGUGGAGGUGGGGCGAGUGAUGAGCCUCAACUACUCGCAAUGCCGCACCACGGAGGACGGCGAGUACCUGCUGCCGGAUGAGGUGGAGGUGGUGCCGCUCCGGGAGAGCAGGGUGGAGGUGCACGCCGAGCUGAUCGAGAACUGGCUCUCCUACACCGACGCCUUUGCCCGCUCCAUCAAUGCUGAGGCCUCCUUCCUGGGCGUCCUCAAUGGCAAGUUCUCUUCCGGGUGCCAGGAGACGAAGACCCACAAUGUCUACGAUCAGACAGUCACCACCCGGGUGCAAGUGCGGCACCACAUCUACUCGGUGAAGGCCCAGCCUGCCUUCACCCUCCACCCCAGCUUCCGGCACCAGCUCCUGGCCAUCGGCAACCAGCUGGAGAACAACCAGAGCCAGACGGCCACAUAUCUCGCUGAGCUGCUGGUACUGAACUAUGGCACCCAUGUCCUGACCAGGCUGGAGGCCGGAGCCAGCCUGAUCCAGGAGGACCAGGUCAAACUGACCUUCCUGCAGGACAAGGUGGCCGAGAAGGCGAGCAUCACCGCCUCGGCCUCCGCCACCUUCUUCGGCAAGGUCAACGUGGGGAUCGGCGCCGCCGCGCAGGUCCAAGACGAGAUGACCAAGAGCUAUAUGGAGAACACGGUGGACUCGCGCAUCGAGAGCCGGGGCAGCGUGCCCUUCUACCCGGGCAUCACGUUCCAGAAGUGGCAGGAAGGGAUCCCCAACCACCUGGUGGCCAUCGGCAAGACCGGCCUGCCCCUGCCCUUCUUCAUCAGCCCAGAGGCCCUGCCGGAGCUGCCGGCACCCACAGCCAAGAGGGUGGCAGCCGUGGUGGACAAGGCCAUUCAUCUUUAUUACGCCAUCAACACCCACCCGGGUUGCGUCAAGGCCGACGCCAGCAACUUCAACUUCCAGGCCAAUGUGGAUGACGGCUCAUGCCUGGGGGCCAGCACCAACUUCACCUUCGGGGGUGUCUUCCAGAAAUGUCGUGGGGUGUCAGGCCUGGAUGGGGAGGAGAUGUGCCAGCCGUACCGCACCCAGAACCCGCUGACGGGGGACUUCUCCUGCCCGGCCGGCUUCACACCCGUCCCGCUACACAGUGAGGAGCGCACGGCCAGCAAGCCCCAAGCCGAGUGCCACGAGGAGUGCCACUCCUGCUGGCUCUUCUUCUCCUGCUGCCAUAAAGAGUGCGGCGUCCGCUACUACUCCACCACGGUGCGCUUCACGGCCCACUGGUGCGCUGCCACCGGCCCUGUGCCCCAGGGCUCCGGCUUCCUCUUCGGGGGGCUGUACAGCGCCGGGGAGGAGAACCCGCUCACCGGGGCCCGCGCCUGCCCGUCCUACUUCUACCCGCUCUCGCUCUUCGACGGGCUGAAGGUGUGCGUGAGUGACGACUACGAGAUGGGCGCCCGCUUCGGCCUGCCCUUCGGCGGUUUCUUCAGCUGCCAGACCGGCAACCCCUUGGCUGGGCCCCUAAAGGGACAGAGCCCUGGCCUCCUCCAGGAUUUCUUCUACCAAGACUCCGACACCGCCUACCCCAUGAAGUGCCCCCAGGGGUACAGCCAGCACAAAGCCUAUCUGAGCGACGGCUGCCAGAUCCUCUAUUGCCUUCAGGCUGGGAGCCUCUUUGCCCAGCAGUUGGCUCCCAUCAAGCUCCCACCCUUCCUCCGCCAGCCGUCUCCCAAUGCCAGCAUGGCCGAGACCAUCCUGGUACUGGGGGAGGGCAGCCAGGCCUGGGUGAAGCUGCAGGGCAGUGGACGCUGGCGGUCAGCCAACGUCACCGAUGGGAGGAAGAUGGCCCAGCUUUUCCAGGCUCAGUCCAGCGCGGGGCCCACGGGGGGCGCUGUGGCUGGCAUCUCCGUGGCUGUGACGCUUGUCCUCGCGGCGGCUAUCGCGGGGGCUGUCUAUGGCACCCGGAGGUACAAGAGCAGGGGGUACCAGGAGGUACAACCCCCAAGCCGUCUAGUGGAAGAGCAAGAGAGCUACGGAUCCACCACAACGUCUCUUGGGACUAGCUCAGCCUGAGAGCCCGGGAACCGGGUCAAGGACUCUCCCUGGGG